AUGUUUUUGCCGGUUAGUUUGGUCCUUUCUGCCCGGAGAAAGAUUGUUUUAGGACGAAUGCACUGUAGAGCUGAACUUACCCUUCAACCAUGAGCCGAUCUUGCAGAUUGUUGGGAAUCGGGAGCGAUCCAUAUUGAUCGCGGUAACGGCCUCAAGUUUGUACGUCUUUCUGCCAAAUGUAAGUCGAUUUUCUUGGUGUACUUUGAUGUUUAGGGGAAUGGAAAUGAUGUGGAAAUCUGUAUCAUGGUCUUUUCUAUCUUUUUGUUAUUGUUUCAUACUUGAGCGUUUUGUUUUUUUGGAGUUAUAGCAGUUUCCACGAAGGAAUCUUCUCUUUGACCUCCAGGAUAAUGUUUUUUGAUCUUGCGGCGAGAACCUUUUGAUUUUAAAGAUGAAAUGGUUAAAUUUAGUUGGAAUAAGGUCUUCUUCUUCUUUGCAAAACAUUUUCGAAUCCGGUUUAAUUCAAAUUUCAAAGCUACGGACCAAUUUCCCAUCUCCAUCUAGGUUAAUAUAAUUUUAUGUGUUUUUUAAAAAUUUUGUAGUUUUAGAAUGCAGAAAGCAUCGUUUUUAGGCCUAAGAUCAUAGGAAAAUUAUGUUUACGAAUCGAUGAAUCGAAUCGCGUCUUCAAAAUAUUAUUAUUCUUUGAUUUCAGCCGCUUUUGCUCCUCUGCACAUAUCGAAGAGAGACCGCUGAAGUUGAGGAGCGUGGAAGGUACAAGAAUCUCUACUGGAGGCAUAAUUCAGCAGCCGUUUGUGUUACUGUAAGAAUUUGGAAUAAUUUCGGAUAUUACACUUGAGAAGGAUAUGGGAAAAAUGUGAAAAAAACUGAUAUAAAAUACUUUUUAAUGUUUAUUUUUGUUUCAGACCGACAGUAAUUGUCUAUACAUUUAUUCGGUUGCAAUUUCUGCUGAAAAUGAAUGCUUUAACCUGGAGGACGAAAACCACGAAUUCCGCAGAACUUCAAGCUUGCUGUAUCUGAAAGGAAGACGGCCGGUAGUCGAUGUGACUCUCUCUGUGAUAGCCAAAUUGGAGAGUGAACCUUCCUGGUAUGCUUUUUGUUUUUUUCUUUUGAUUUUAGGUGAUGAUGUGGAAGAUUGGACAAUAUCUAUGGAAAAAUUGCUGAUAAUGGGGUCAAAUUUGAUUUUAACAGGAAGAUUAGGACUUGGUCUUCCUAUUGAUAUAAAUUUUGAUCUUGUGAAAGUUGAUUUUUUCGCCGAAAUUUUAAUUUCUUCCAAGAUGCAUGGUUUACAAAAAAAAUUUAUUUUUAGUGUGACACCUCUUCGAGAUGAGCUCUUUGUAUGUCUAAAGGAUGGCUGGGUUCAUAGGAUCACUUGGAGUGGCGAUUUCCUCAAGGAAUUAUCCUUCCACAUCCGAUUAAUUCCAUUUGCUUUUGAUCAAGUUGGAAGUAAAAGUGAGUCGAAUUUUAUUAUUUUUUUUCGAAUUUUAGGUAUCAACCAUCAUUUUCAUUCUCUUUCCUAUCGAAUAAACUUGUUAUCGAACUGAUUUUCAGCCGAGACUCUCCACAGCACCGAAGUUUUCAUCACGGACUUUGUCUAUUCCCCGUUGAUUGGAGGAAUUUGCAUGCUGUUGAGCGAUGGUCGUCCAGCGCUGCUCGUCUCCAGCAGUCAGCAGUUCAAUGCAGACUCUUUAGCAGGGAUUUGGGUCCAAGGAGCGAAGAAUGUCACUUGCUGUGCGGCAAAUCACAAGUUUCGAAUGAUCUACUUUGGACAUGAGAGGUAAGAUAAGAUCGGUUUUUUUGAAGUGAUGGUUGGAGUUUAGCCUGGUUUUUUGGGAUGAUUAGAAGGGUUAAGAAGCCCUCUUUCGAGUGGUAUAAGAAGUAAAAGUAUUUGGCUUUCAGCGGAGAGAUUUCGGCCUAUUCUUUGGACGACACCAACGGCUCUCUAAUCCAAGUUUUUGUUCAAAAACUGUUUGUAAAAAAUGGCACUCAGUUCCUGGACCAGGUCGGUCCUGUCAAGCAGAUUGAAUGUCUAAGUCAAGGAGGUGUUACUGCGGUCAUUUGGGAGAAAAAUAAAGCAAAAUCAGGUAAAUUUUGAGAUUUUUUGAAGAUUUUUCGAGUUUUAGGCACAUGAACUUAUGAAAUCUUGGUAAAUUGGACUUGGUUUGAUCUCAAAAUUUAAAUAAAAUUUCAGACGCCCGUUGCCCUCCCGUCCUCGCCCUCUUCAGCCCCUUUGGCGCUCAAUGGUGGACCAGCUUGGAGGAUGUUUUGGCCGACAGUUACUCGGAAGACUCAUAUUCAUGUAUAGAAUGGGGUGUAGAAGGACAUCAGUUAUGGCUGGGCCUCGAGAAAAGUGUUUUUGUCAUGAAUAUUGUCCAUUCACAACCGGAUUCGGCAGAUCGGAUAGUCCUGUUGGGUAAUGAUAAGGUAUAUUUAAGUCCGAAAAGAUGUCACCAACCGAAGGCGUCAGCUCCACAGUUUGUUUGGCCAACCUACAGUGUCCCACAUGACUAUAUUUCGGCUAAUUGGCCGGUUAGGGUAAGAAAAAAGGGAUUUUUUGGAGGUGGAGGUCAUGGAUAAUAUAAUUUAUGUUUUAUUUGUGGGUGUUUGAGGGAUAUUUAGAAAAGAAAAUGAUUUUUGGAGUAUAUACAAAGGCGAUAAACAUCAGUUUCUUCAAUUUCCAGCGGUGUUGACGACGAGGGAAACAGUUGACUCAAAAUUUCAAAGUUGGGUCAAGUCUUUCUCUCCGGCUGAAAGUUGUGUAAAAAAGCAAACAAUCUUAUUUUGAGGAUUGAUUGGGUGUUUGUAUGUAAUUUGAAAACAAAAUUGACGGAAAUUUUCAUUUCAGCUAGUCGGAUUUGACCCAGAUUGCAAUAAAAUUCUGGUCGUUGUGGGCUCCCGAGGAUUUUGCUUUUACAACUUUAAAACUAACAAGUGGCGACUCUUCAGAAAGGAGGCUCAGGUAAGAAUACACUUUAUUUUUGAGUAUGGAGACUAUUUUAAGGCAUUUUUGAUUAUUUUUUAAGUAUUUUUUAUGUUGCUUUAGCUGCGUUGACCUUAUUUUUGGAAUUUUCAGGAGAAAGCCUUGUUUGUGACGGGUGGAGUGACGGUUUUCGAAGAUUUCAUAGUCGCAUGUGCCUGCGAUACGAGCCAAGAGGCCGAGAAUAUCUACAUUUUCCAUCACGAAGACCAAUUGGAUCUGGAUUCGGCGGAAAAACUUCGAACGGGACGGGUCCUUUUCAUGAAUUCAAAACAAAACCAUUUGAUCACGUUUGAUGUCCAAUGCCUAAUCACCAUAUUCGGCAUGAAAUCGGAGCCAUCUGGCGAGCGGAACAGACUGAGUUUGCAGCGAAUCGCGGAGAUCCGCAUCAAUGAUCUUCUCCCACAUCCAACUUGUGUGGUCUCCGUGCAAUUGACCUCACUUAAUUAUUAUAAAGGUGGGAGAUACUGAUGGGAUAGUUGCUAUAGGACCUGUAGGGAAUAAUGGAGCUGAUGGGAGACCGGAAUUUUUUUGAAAUUUUGGUUUUUUUGAGAAAAUGAAAAUUUCGGGAUCAGAUGUCUAAAAUAAGGUCGGAAAAGUAUGUUUUGAUCAAAAAAUUUUGGGUUUUAGUUUUUAGAUAUGUUUAUGAGAUAUUUGUAGUUACUUUAUAAAAAAAAUCAAAAUAAUUUUUUUUGAAAUUUUGGUUUUUUGAGAAAAUGAAAAUUUUGGAACAGGUGUCUAAAAUAAGGUCGGAAAAGUAUAUUUUGAUCAAAAACUUUUGGGUUUUGGUUUUUAGAUAUGUUUAUGAGAUAUUUAUAGUUACUUUGUAAAAAACCCAAGAUUUUUUAAGGUCAUGAUGACUGAUUUUUUGGAAGUUUUUUGAAAAACUUGGCUUUUUUGGGGAUUUUUUUUAUUUUGAUUUUGAAAAAUUUUUUGUUUGAUAGAAUUUUUAUAUUUUUUAUCGAGAAAGCCAUUUGGCACGUAUUUUACACUUUGAUUUUCAGAUGCGGCGGAAUUUGGCUUCGGAAUGGACGCUCUUUUGGUGAAUGUGUCCGGCCAUUUGCUAAUGCUCUGCGCUCUGAACAAACCUCACCCAACUUCGAAUGACACCAAUCAUUUUCAGGUAAAAUACGAAGACUUGUCAGCUAAUUUUAAUUUUUUGGGCGAAAAUUUUAAAAAAAUCGAAAAAAUUGUAAAAAUUUUUUGAGUGAUUUUUGAAAAAUUUUUGUUUUUUCAGCUCCAUCCUCCAAUGCUGAUUGCCUCAAAUGUUGAAAGGACCUGGGUUCAGACCGCGCAAAGAGAUAUCCCGCAUCUGAAUAAGGCCCUUUGGAUUAAUGCCGGCUGCCGAAAAAUGAAGGUCUGGCUGCCGUUGGCGGACCUAGAUGGACCGAGAACCGACUCCAGACACUCGUUUAUAUCACGGUGAGUCAAGAUUUGUCGGUUUUGGGAAGUUUUAGGGGAAUUCAGGUUUUCGUGGUGGGACCUGAAAAUUGAAAAUUUUGCGGAGAUUUUGUGGAUGCGGUUAAAAUUGGUUAGAGAAAACGUUUGGGAGAGUUAAAAUUUCUUAGUGAAACCGGUUUGAACUGGAUUUUUUUACUUUUUUGAGGGGUUAGUUGAAAAUUUUGGGUCCCGCAGCGAAAACUUGAAAAUUCCUGAAAUUGUAAAAUUUUGCUUUCAAAUGAUUUUUUAUCGUCUAGAAUGCUUAUAUUUGUAAUUUUGAUAUAUUUGUAAAUAUCAAAAACGUGAAAUUGAAAAUUUUUGGUCUCACCACGAAAACUUGGAAACUCCUGAAAUUGAAAAAUUUUGCUUUCCAAUGAUUUUAUCAUCGUCUAGAAUGCUUAUACUUAAAAUUUUGGCUUCUCAAACAAGUAAAAUUGCAAUUUUUGGUCUCACCACGAAAACUUGAAAAUUGCUGAAACUGUAAAAUUUUGCUUUCCAAGUAUCUUUUAUGGUCUAAAAUGACUUUAUUUCAAAUUUUUUAGUUGUAUUUCCGCCGUGUUUUAGACGAAUCAUGCUCCCAGUUGAGACCAACACCUACCCUCUGGCCAUUGAUGAGGACUGCCUGGCCUGCGGCGCGGAAGCCAUCGCUCUUUUACCCACCAUCCCUUCGCACGCCAACGAAUCCGUCCACCAAUUGAGCAGAACCUCGGAGGUUUUUAUGCACCGGUUGUUGAAGCAGCUGCUGAAAAGAAAUCUGGGAACGUACGCGCUGCAGAUCGUCUCCGCAUGCCGUUGUUUGUCCUAUUUUGGCCAUAUUUUGGAGUUGCUAUUACAUGAUGUGCUGGAAGAAGAAGCCACCAGCUCUGAACCAAUACCUGGUGAGUGUUUGUGGGGGAUUUUUUGGGGACUUUGAGGGUUUUUGGAAGGGUUUUGGAGAGGUUUUGAGGUUUUUUGGGAUUUUUGGAAAUUUUGGGAAAUUUCUUGGGAUUUCAAGAGAAGUUUUGGGAUUUUUGGGCGGGAUAUGACUCCUCAUGGGAUUCUAAGGGCUCUAGACUGAUUUUUAUUUUCUUGGGGAGACUUUUUGAGACAUUUUUUUCGGAUUUUUUGGGAUUUUCGGGAGUUUGAGAAAAAUUUUGGCAUUUUUGCCCAUUUUAAGGGAUUUUUUGGUUGAAAAAGCAUUCUAGAUACGGAUUAAGAAGUCUUAGGUCAGAUUCUAGGCUGUUUUACUGCUGGUCAUAGUUGGAAAAAAGAAAAAAAAAUCAAAAAAUUGGGGUUUUGGCCUUGUAUGUGUAAAAAGAUGAAUUUUUCUCGAAUUUUAGUAUAUAAUUUUUCUAUUUCAGAGCCCCUCCUCCCUCGAGUAGUCUCGUUCGUCCGAGAAUUCCCGGAAUACCUGAAAAUUAUCGUGUAUUGCGCGAGAAAAACGGAACUCGCCAUCAGAAACCACCUAUUCACCGUAGCGCACCAUCCCCGAGAAUUGUUCCGAAUGUGCCUCGAAGAGGAGCAAUUGGAAACCGCAACUAGCUGCUUGAUAGUCCUACAGAGCUUGGAAACAGCCGUGGCCAGCGUCGAAUUCGCCACAACACUUUUGGACGAAGCUCUGACCAAAAGAAAAUGGAAAAUUGCGAGGGAUAUUGUCCGAUUCUUGCACAGUAUCGACAAGAAGGAUCUUGAAGAUGUACCGGAAAGCCCGUUGGGACAGAAAUUGGCUGGCAAACAAACGAAUAAACCCUUGUUUUUGCCCGAUGAUGACACCGAGGAUUAUGGAUUGGUUUAUAAUUCAAGUAGUGGUAAGUUGAGGGGGAAAAUGGAUGUUGAGGAGGGAAUUUUUGUAAUGUAGAGAGAGCCAAGGGCAUAAGAAGGACCGUGUAGGAUUUGGAUAUCGAAAUUUUGGCCAAAUUUUAGCGGUUUUGCCGAAAAUUAUGUUGUAGUAGACAUCAAAUGAGAAAGGUUAAUAUAUAGUAAAAGAUGGAUGUUGAGAACGGAAUUUUUACAAUGUAGAGAGAGUGAAAGGCAUAAGGAGGACUUUUUUACAUUUGGAUAUUGAAAUUUUUGCCAAAUUUUAUCGGUUUUGCCGGGAAUUAUGUUGUAGUAGACAUCAAAUGAGAAAAGAUAAAAUAAAUGGAGUAGAAUGGUUAAAAUGAACGCUUAGAGUCGUGGAAUUAAACAAAGAAGACAUAAAGGCGUAUUUUAAGAAAAAAUUAUGUUUUAAUUUUACGUUUAAUGGGAGUUAUAUUACACUUGACAUCAGAUGGUCAAGUAUAAUAUAAAUGAUGUUUGAUAGAUUAACUUUAUGUUUUUGGUUAUGGAAUACCUUGAGGAGGUCAGGAAACAUUGGUUGUGAAAAUUUAAGACUUGUGGCUUUAGAAUUUAAAAGUUUAUAUUACAUUUGACAUCAGAUGGUCAAGUAUAAUAUAAAUAGGUUUUGAUACAAUCAAUUGUUGUUUUCGGUUCUAGAACAGUCUGUGGAGGUCAGGAAAUAUGCGUGAUGGGAGUUUAAGACUUGAAUUAAGUCGAAUUGGACAGUUAUAUUACACUUGACAUCAAAUGAUAAAGUGUAAUUUAAUGGAUUUGCAACGGAUUGAGAUUAUUAUUUUUUGAGUAAAACAGUAAGCUAAGACGUUCAGCUUUAGUAUUGCAAAAGAAGGCGGUCGUUUUGAUAAUUUUUUUGUACUCAACUUUCUGAUGUCAAGUGUAAUAUAAAUUUUGCGAUUUUUUUGUGAUUAAAAUAUAAGUCUGAUGUUUUUUUCGUAUUUUACCUUAUUCUCCCAAAGCACUAAAUUUGCUUUAUUAUUCUCGAAUUUUAGAGCACAAAACGUCAAUUACAAGCCCAGCGCCACCCAGAUCCGCCAAGCCAUCGCUGGUUUCCCAGCCCUCAUUCGGAAGCACAACCUCCCCACCCUCAACCACAGUCCCUAGGCUGAUUUUGAACAGAAGCGGAAGCAUACAUUCCCCUCCGCCAGCACUACCGGCCCCCACAACAACUCCACCCCCAUUAUCGGACAUGCCGGAGUUGAUUUCAACGCAAGUCAACGAAAUUUUGAAUCAUCACGCGGUCGGGUUACUACACAAUUUUGGAGUCAGAGAUCUAGGUGAGAAUUUGAAGAGAAAUUUUUUGAUUUUUUGGCGGAAAUUUGGAGAAAUUAAAAAGAAAAUGUUUUUUGAGUAUAGAAAAACUCAAAAAAAAAAGUGGGGAAAGGCGUGUAUCUAUGGGAACUGGAAUAAAAAACCUCUGUACAACGAACCCUACGCGCACAGCGGAAGUUAUUCGAAAGCAAAGUACGAUUGAUUUAACCAAGGUUCCAUGCGCUGUACAGUGGGGCCAAAGCGUAAUAAAAACCUCUGUACAACGAACCCUACGCGCUGUGACAAUUGGGGAACCCGAAAAGUAUUAUUUUUCUUCGAUACAAGUGUCGAAGUUAGGAUAAUCGAGGAUGCUGAUUUCAAAAAUAACUAAUUUUUUUGAUAGCUACUUUUUCCUUAAGUAGUACUGUAAAGUAGUAAUUUUUUGAUUUUUUUCAUGAAUACUCGAUUUGAGGGAUUUCGAUGGUGCUGAUUUCACAUGAGCAAAAAUGAAUAGCAUUUUUUGAAAUCAGCACCAUCGAAAACCCCUAAGGCGAGUAUUUAUGAAAAAAAUUCAAAAAAUUACUACUUUACAUUACUACUGAAGGAAAAAAGUAAACAUCAAAAAAAUGAAUGUAAUUUUCGAAAUCAUCACCCUCGAUUAUCCUAAUUUCGACACUUGCAUCGAAAAAAAUAAUACCUUUCGGUUUCUCAAAUCGUACUUUUCCCCAAUCGUCCAACUCCGGUAUCUGUGAGGUCUUUUUUGAUGAAAAUAUGAGGCAUUUUUUGAUGAAAAAAAAUUUUUUCAGGUUUUUUUUCCGGCCAUCUGGGCUACGAUCUGACCGCUUUCUUCCGCCACCCGUCCAGCAAAUUCCACGCAACCCCCGAACAAUUCCCCCUGAUUCUGAUGAAACUACACGCACAAUUCAACUGGCCAUACCCCAUGGCCACCGAAUUGGUCGUCUCGAAUGGCCAUGGCCCAAUUGUGAGCCCAUCACCGUCGUCGAUUAGCAUAGUAGAUGAGACGUCUUCAUUGUCGUCGGAGGAUGUGAUGACCUCACCGAAUUUUGUCAUGACCCCCAGAAUUAAUGGAGAAUCUCAGCAGGACCGGAUUAGGUGAGAUUUGGAGGGUUUGGAGAGAUUUUGAGAAAGCAGAUAGGGCGCAGCUCGCGGAUUUUAAUUUGUGAUGAAAAACGAUGAAAAGUGUAAAAAUUUUUAUAUGAGUGGAAUUGGAUAUGAUUUUUGGCUCCAAUGAGAUGAUUUUGGAGCCAUUUUGGAUGACAUUUUACACAAAGGUAGGGCGCAGCCUGCGAUUUUUAAAAUUUUGAAAACCGAUGAAAUUGUGAAUGUUGCCGGGAAACGUGAUAAGUAGAGAUUGUAAAACACUAUUUUCCACAUUUUUAUAACUUUUGUAGGGCGCAGCUCGCCAAAAAUUUUUAUUAUUUUUACCUAAAAUUUCUGAUUUUUUUGAGUUUGGUUGGUUUUUUGCUACGUAAUAAAGAUUAUUUUUUAGUCGACGAGUGGCGACCGACUUCAAUCGAAAGGUUUUCGAGAAACUUUGCGAAAAAUCCAAAGCCAAAGGCACAAAACAAUCGGAAGAUGAGAUUUCAUACAUCCAAUCAGCCAUCGCCGAAGCCGAUGCCAUCGAAUGGACCCUGUUUUUGGCCAUAUUGCGGCAGGAUGUGGCUCCGCUGAGCAAAGUGCUACAAAGAUCGGCGCAGAAUUUGAACAAAAUGGGGAGGUUUGUGAAAAUUGCGAGGCCAGGACUGGGGAAAUUGAUCGAAUGGUCGGAAACGAGCUGGUAAGUGGCGAGAAAAGGAUUUGUGGCAUGAAAGAAUGACUUAUGCGGGGUGUUAGUGUCAUUUGAAAUGGAGAUUUGAUGGGAUUUUGAGAUUUUUGGGUCGGCAGCUCGCGCCCAGGCUUUGCCAUUUUUGACUGGUUUUUAAGUGAUUUUUUAUGGUAAGGAGAAGUUUGACAGGGCGCUGCGUAUUUUACCAACUUUUUUGGAGCUUUUGGGAGAUAUUUUAGGUUAGCUCGGGCGCAACUCGCCGAUUUUCAAUCUGCCUAAAUUGAGUAAAAAACUAAAAAAAAAUGAAAAUUGAAUGUCAUGAAGUUGUAAUCAACAAAUUUCAGCACCGCCUACACCCCCAUCCUCGAAUUUUUCCGCGAAUUUAUCGAAGUCUCACUCGAUUCAAGACCCCCAAAAGCAGUGACCGUGGAACUCGCUCAAGACGCCCUAAAAACCCUCGACCUGAAUGACCCUAUCGUCAACGGCAAUUGA